CAAUGAUUAACGAGAAGAAGCGUGCCAUUCGCAGGCAUGGCCUGCAAUGGCCCAUAAAUGGACGCCAAGUCUGCGUCUUGGCGGUGUACAUCAUGUCCGUGGCGUGUGCUACGCUCUCCAUCUCCACCCUAUUGCGCCUGGACUACCCAGCUGACGACACAUUUACCACCCGAGUCAAGGCAUGUCGCGAUGUUAUGAUCGCCUUAUUCGCCAUCACACUUGGGCUUUUCCUGUAUGUGUCUCUUGUGGACACGUCAGCUUCGAAUUGCGUGUCGAUUCCUCCCGGGGAGAAGGUCGUUCGUUGCCGAGCCUGCCUCAUCACCGUCACUCGCACGACCCGGCACUGCCAAUGCUGCCACAAGUGUGUUGAAGCCUUCGACCACCACUGCAUGUACCUCAACACUUGCAUUGGCAAGAGCAACAUCAAGCAUUUCCGAUGGCUCAUUCUUUGGAACAUCCUCUACCUUCUUGCCCAAAAUGCCAUCACCAUCUACACCAUUUCCAUCGUUCCCCGCCCCAGCAUAGCGUCUUCGUUGUUGUCUGGGCUCACCAUCCUUCCCGCGUUGGGCCUCUUGGGUAUGCUUGUCCUCGCGGCAUUCCAAACGUACAUAUACGUCAACGGUAGUACAUAUCUCUCACUCGUUGCAGAUCUCAUUGCAUGUUGAUGAAUUCGUACUUCACGUAUUGCAACAUUCUUGUCUCAAUGAACGACAGACAUGACCACGUUUGAGUUUGCCGUGCAAAGUGCCCAGCAGCGUGCCAAGAAAGUCAAACAGAUCGCACUGGUAUGUUCCUGCGAUAGAGUCGAACUCUGUGCAACAUUUCCACUUGUGUAUUACGCUAGGACCACAAAACGUCAACCAGGAUGGACGUUUCUAUGGCCACCAGUACCAUUGUCCACCAAGUCCAAGUCAUUCGCGUCUGUGAAUACGCUUGAAACAUGGACAAUCACAUGUGUGCACUUUACAGUUAAGGAGGCUAUAUAGCAGUACACUAACGUCAGUACAGUAGUAGUACAUCUGGCUAACUUUAUUGCUGUAUUCAACGAUACACUAUGACGCUUGGACGUGUCCAUACCGUCCGACCAACACCCCCAGCUCGACUGCGACUUGGUCAAAUGUUGUAAGGGGAAUGUUGGCUUGGCCCUGGUUCGUUCGGCCAUUUGCCUGCGAAGAUUCAUCCUUUACGUUGAGUUGUGUUGCAGAUAUAACGGUGGCGUUGGCUGGCAGCAGGUUCGUCCCCCCGUCUGCAGGGGUUGCUGCCGCCUUGAGGAGGGCAUGCUCCACUAGCACAGCCUCGGCCACACGCAGCGAAUGUGCAUGUACGCAUUCGCCCACAUGCACAUGCAUGGCAUCUACUUGAGCGAGGGCGAGUUGUUGCUGCUUCCACGUCGACUGUCGUCCCAAGCUCGGUUGAAAGCGCGACGACCACACACUCUGAGUGACACAUCCGAGGCCUUCGAGCGCUUCGAGUUCACCUGAUAUGGCAGAGUCGUUGGUCUGGUGUGGCUUUGAUUGCGCCAGUUCGUUGUGACGAAGGAUCCACGCUUGGCACUCGUCUAAGUCGUUCGCUUGACGACGUAUGGUCUGUUCCUGGUCCUGGAUGGUCCUGAGCGCCUGCUGGUACUGCGCCUGGAGUGCCGCGAGAGCCGCGUCCGCCACAGUUGUCGCAUGGGCAUGCUCCAGUUGAAGCCGGUAGUUGUCGUGCUGCAACCCCAAGAGGUCGAACUCUUGGACGGCAAGGUCCACUUUGGCGGAUACGAGGUCGCCUUCUAAUGUAAGCACUUGGUCCUCAAGUGCUGUGAUCUCGUGCUCGUAGGAAGCAUGCGAGGAUGCUGAUGGGGAUGGGGAUC